CGUCAAUUGGUGUCUGACAAAGCGUUUUAGCGAGGGUCUUCGUUUUAUAGAUUCACGGGGUCUUUUCUACAAAACGAAGACCCUCUUGAUUUCGCGUUAAUUGGCGUCUGACAAAGCGUUUUAGCGAGGGUCUUCGUUUUAUAGAUUCACGGGGUCUUUUCUACAAAACGAAGACCCCCUUGUCUUCGUUUUUCGGUCUUCAAUCUUCGGUCUUCGGUCUUCGUUUUGUAGACAUCCAUAAUGCGUCUGGAGCAUGACAGUUCACAAACAUUUGCAUCACUUCAGCUGUAGCUUUUAUUGUUACGAAGGUGAUGCGCUUCACUUCACGCGUGAAAAACAAUUUUAUCCAUAACUGCCACGGCCUUAGCAACUUGGAAAGCUUGGAAAGAAAUCUAUCUCUUUCUUAUGGCCUUUCUCCCGUCCCCCUCCCCCAUCGUCCAGUGUAACUCUAACGCAAACAUGGCUGGUCGGAUAAACGGGCUUGAGUUCGCAACGUGUUAUAGCACCGCAAGCUGCUUCUAUUUUGGUGAAUAAUCUUUCCCCCCCUUCCCCCCUCUUUCCCUCUCUGGUUCGCUUGUUAUUUGCUCUCCACUUGUAAUUGAGGCGUGGAAAUAGUUAUUGUUUACAUGGAUCAACAAUGCAGGCACAACCUCAUCAACUUGGAGUGGGUCACGCUGGAAUCACGAGUGAAAGAAACUGAAUUUUUGAGAAUGCCCGGGAUCGGUAACUUAAGGUAUAAGAACAAAGCAAUCUGUAAGGAAGCUGUUCCUGUCAUUCGUCGUAACACUGAAAUUUGCAAAGCUGUUGAUUGGGGCUGGAUCGUUUGUAUAUGUGCGGCACUUGUACAAUUUGUGGUUCUGGGAAUCCACAACAGUUUUGGCAUUCUGUACAUCGUGUUCUUGAGGGAGUAUGGCUGGGGUCAGGCAUUCACAGGUUACAUAGGCUCGAUGGGAUUGGGCAUGAAUUUCUUCUUUGGCCCAUUUACUAGCGCACUUUGUGAUCGAUUUGGCUGCAGAAACGUCGCCAUAGCUGGUGGAAUCAUUUCAGUCACUGCAAUGGUUGCCACGUCAUUUGUCAGUAGCCUCGUUCCCAUUUAUAUUACCUACAGUGUUAUGUGGGGAAUGGGGUCUAGUAUGAGUUACGUGCCAACAUUCCUCAUGGUGGACAGAUACUUUGAACGUCGGAAAUCCUUGGCAAAUGGGAUCAUCACCGCGGGGAGCGCAGUCGGUGCUCUAGUUAUGGGCCCAACAAUCAACGCACUCGUAGAAAGCAUCGGGUGGCGACAUACCAUGAGGUUUCUCGGGGUAGUCACUUUCGUGAUGAUUAUGGCAGCCUUCUCUUAUAGAGCUCCACCUGUGGAGAGGGAGAUUGAGAAACGCGAGAACAAGGUUAUUGAUUUAACUGUGUGGAGUAACAAGGGGUUCGUUGUAUGGGCACUAGCACUUGGCAUAUUCAACCUAGGUUACUUUAUACCUUACGUUUAUUUGCCUAUACACGCGACUUAUCAUAAGAUACCUCAAUCAAAGGCCUCCUUUCUCAUCGGUUUCCUGUCGGUCGGCUCGUUGGUUGGUCGGCUUUUCUUCGGCCAUGUCUCAGAUUACCGAUGUGUCAAUCGGAUGUACCUUUACCAAACAGCACUUCUAAUAAUGGCAGUCACAACAACGCUGUGUCCACUGGCGACAAAUUAUGGCGGACUCAUCCUAUAUACAAUUUUAUUUGGGAUUUUUGAUGGAGUGUUUGUGACUUUGAUUCCAAUCGUCACUGGAGAUAUCGUCGGCAGGAACAAGCUGUCAUCAGCUCUCGGCUUUCUAUAUUUGGUAUUCUCAAUUCCUAUAAUGACAGGCUCACUUCUAGCAGGCUUUCUUAGUGAGAUCACAAGCACGUAUAACGAAGCCUUUUUCUUCUCGGGCGCUGCUAUAGCAGUGUGCGCAGGCAUUCUAUCACUAGUCCCAGUUUUAACUCCGACGAGACGACAGGGUGCAACGGAGAUUAACAUGAGGUCAAAUCUUCUUCGGGAGAAGAAGAAAAUACCAUCUUUCUUUGAGACGCAUAUUAUUUUUACAGGAAAUCCAUCACAAAUUGCGUAUUACAUGCAGUUUUUAGAGAGAGAGACAGAUGUUUAAAAAUUAGUAAAAGAUAGCUUUAGGAUUAAGAUGUGCUCGUUUUGUUAUGAAUUGAUCAUUUGGUAAUAUCAACUAUGUUGAAAUUGCAAAUUGGCCACCGUAAAGAGUUAACGAAGG